CAGUUUGCUAUUACUGUGCUAGUUUUUAUGUUAUCAAUACAAUAAAAUCGAUUUUAUAUCCGAUUUUCACGGUGUACCCAGUGUCAUGAGACAUAAGCUUAUGUAACAUAUUUGCCCGAAAAUAGCUAAUCGGUCAAUGGUAACGAUUGUUUACUACAAAUAACGGUGAAAUAGAAACGAAUCAAAAAUGCUGAGACGCUGCUCAAAACACCUCCAGACCAUAUACCGGAGGCAGGGCUUCAGGUUCGUGUCCACUGAGGUGCCCAGGGUCUGCGGAGCGUACGCCAGCCAGCACCUGCGGCCCAGGGUGCUGCAGCAGCAGCAGGUGGCGAGUAUACACGUGACGAGGGCGCUGUUUGUGGAACAAGAUGUCAUGACGCCCAGCUUCCCGGACUCUGUGUCCGAAGGUGACGUCAAACUGGACAAGAAAGUGGGCGACGCGGUCGCAGCUGACGAAGUAGUGCUAGAGAUUGAAACCGACAAGACAGCCAUACCAGUCAUGGCUCCAGACAACGGCAUCAUCAAGGAGAUCUACGUGAAAGACGGAGAGACAGUCAAAGCUGGUCAAAAGCUGUUCCGAUUGGAGAUAACAGGCUCAGCACCGAAGAAAGCAGCUGCACCGGCACCAGAAGCUCCUAAGGCUGAGGCACCUCCUCCACCUGCAGCUGCUCCACCUCCAGUGGCACCACCACCACCACCACCGCAAGCAACACCUACACCACCUCCACCUCCACCACCUAAACCAGCAGCAGCACCGAAGGCAGCUCCAGUAUCAUCCAUCCCGGUGGCAGCCAUCCGACACGCUCAAGCAAUAGAGACAGCAUCAGUCCGAGUGCCACCGUCUGACUACAGCAAAGAAAUAGUCGGCACCCGGAGUGAGCAACGAGUCAAAAUGAACAGAAUGCGUCAACGCAUCGCAGAGAGACUGAAACAAGCGCAAGACACCAACGCAUUGCUCACAACGUUCAACGAAAUCGACAUGUCCCACAUAAUGGCAUUCCGGAAGAAAUAUCUCGAUGCGUUCACAAAAAAACACGGUGUGAAGCUCGGGUUGAUGUCACCAUUCGUUAAAGCAUCGGCUAAUGCGUUGAUGGAUCAGCCCGUUGUCAAUGCUGUUAUCGAAGGAACAGAAAUUAUCUACCGGGAUUAUGUUGACAUAUCAGUUGCCGUAGCAACGCCUAAAGGAUUAGUUGUUCCGGUCAUAAGGAACGUGCAAACCAUGACUUACUCGGACAUUGAGUUGACAGUCGCUGAUUUAGCAGAGAAAGCGAGGAAAGGAAAGCUAACCAUUGAGGAAAUGGAUGGUGGUACGUUCACCAUAAGCAACGGUGGGGUGUUCGGAUCAUUGAUGGGUACUCCGAUUGUAAAUCCACCACAGUCAGCCAUUUUGGGGAUGCAUGGUAUAUUUGAACGACCGAUCGCUCUAAACGGUCAGGUAGUAAUCCGACCGAUGAUGUACAUAGCCCUGACGUAUGACCACAGACUGAUUGAUGGUCGUGAAGCUGUCAUGUUCCUGAGGAAGAUCAAGGAAGGAGUGGAAGACCCGGCCACCAUCAUCGCUGGACUGUAAUGUAAUGUAAAACCUUCAGCAGAAAUUCGAAAUUGUAACCUUAGUUACCACUCGCUUAUAAGUAAUUGUACAUUUGGUGUUGUUUCGUAAGUUGAUGAUAAUAUUCAUUAUAUUACCACAGAUUAAAGAAUGAUACAGAAUGAGUCUUUACAAGUAGUGGCGUGCACUCAUUAAGAAUCAAGAUUUAGGAAGGAACUUUCUAUUUUGUACAAUUCGUAUGUAUAGUGCAUACGCUAGUUAAAAUUCUUGUGCACGCCACGCAUAAACAAACUUUUUUCAAAAUGUGUAUUUUAAAAUAAUGUAAACAAUAAUGUAAAUUAAUAUCUUAAUAGACUAACAAUAAUCAAUAAAUACCUAUAAUAAAUAUAAUUAUGUGAACAGUUUUUAAAAUAUUUAAAAACAUAAGGCACCAUUUUUCUUUAAUAAUAUUGAAAAUUACUGAUGCGACGUUUCGUAUCGUACUGACUAGAGAAUGUAUUCGUUUUUGAAUUUGUAUUUGGAAUGGCUGCAUCACUGCCGUGUUCCGUACGCUCUAUCUGCCUAUUAUUCUUCAAUCUGUGACAAUGUAAAGAUUUAAUUGAAUGCAACUAGAAACCGUGGAAAUUUAUCAUGAAGAAAACGAAAAUAAAAUAAUGUUUAUAAUAUGUAUAAUGUUUUUAAACAUUUGUAAAACUACUCAGACCAAUUAUAGAAGGACCUGUAUCGCACUCAUAGUCACAAACAAAAUUGUCUGUCAUUUUCUGAGGAAAACGAGCUUAGAUUUGGUAUAUAUCUUAUACUAAACUAGAAGUUUUUGUCCGUUUUUUACACCAUUCAACUACACAAAAAAGUAUUUUUACUUACUCUUUAACCGACGAACACGAUUAUAACUAUUUAACAUCGAUUCUAUAGAGACAGCUUUUAUAAUCGCAUUAGAUCGUUGAUCAUAUACUAUGACAGAAAAGUAAUACCUAGCGAGGCAGGUCCUAUACAAUAGUUGGUCUGAGUAAAAGUAUAACCAUGCUGUGAAAAUACAUUUUGUUUUUUUUUAUGACAGAUUUUUUUCAAUUUAGAAUUUAUUUUCAACUUACGCAAAAGCACGAGUGCACUGCAUUUUGAGAUUCGUUUAUAAAUCUGAUUUUAAAACUGGAGGGUAGUUGAAAUAAAAUGUAAAAUCAUGUAAAUUAUUUACUUAUAUUGUAGUAGAUACUUUAUGUAUGGAUGCGAUUUUGUUGUUGUUUUUUUUUAAUUUCAAACCGCGUCUGUAUUUUGUUUGUAUUUAUUGAAUACGUCCGUUAAUUCGUACUAUUUGUAUUAUUUAACCAGUUUUAAGUAAUAAAUAAUAAUAAUUUAAAUAAAAGUACAUUUUUCCUUUA